GGAAGGGAUCGACGCAACAAAAAACGGCGCAGGAGCGAGGCGAUGAGUAGCUCUGGGGCAGCUGCGGCGGCUGCGGGGUCGCAGAAGCGCAAGUGGGAUGGCAAACAAGGUGACGAAGUUGACUAUCUUGCUGCGAGUAUCGAGCACAGCCAGCGGGUAACAGAGGAGCUGCAGACGCUGAGCCGCGGCCUCGUGGACAAGGAGCUUUCGAUGGGCGGGACGGGGGGUGCAGCCUCGGUAAGGAGCGCAGACACAUAGAAGCCUUGCAAUGUGGAUCGGUGCUCUCACUGCUGUGUUUCGUGCGCCCUCCGGCACAGAACGAGUGUAUGCGUGAUGUGUUGGAGAUCAACGUCGCUGGAGAGUUGAUGCGCGCCCGCCGGUCGGCCCUCUGUGCGGCCAAGGGCAGUGUGCUGGCGGUGAUGUUUUGUGGCAAGUUUGACGCUGGCUUCAUUAGAGACGAUAGCAAUCGCAUCUUCCUGCAGGUCAACCACACGCAGCCAUGCGUUGACUUGCAGCUGACACACACAGCCAGCCAGCCAGCCAGACAUGACACAAUGGUGUGCCGGUGUUGUUGCAGAUCUGGCCGCCCGCCUUCAAGUGGUGAGAGGGGCGGACGAACACUGAGGGGAUUGGCGGAUGGGGUGUGUGUGUGAUCUGAUCAGGUUGGUUGGAGAGCUCAUACUGUAUUCGGGCGAGCAGGUCGACAAUGUGACCCUGACACCCGCCAGACAAACCGAUGCGCCAUACAAGUGAGGAAGGAAAGGCCUAUUCGCUCGCUAUGUGCGUGUGCAUGUUUCCGCCAUCCUCAGGUACUGGGCCGAGCUACUUCUGUCCGACCCCUCCACGAAGCGGCGCGCCAACGACGGUGCGGUGGCGGCAGGAGAGAACGACCAGCAGCCCCCCGCACACGACGGCCAGCAGGGAGGGGGACAGCCACAGAGCGAUGCUGAGGACCUCUCUGUUGAGCUGACCAGUAUGAUCAGGCGGGCCAAGGCGGACAAGGCUGCGCAGGAGGCGAGGCGCGACGCCAUCAAACCGCUGCUGAAGACGGGCAAUAUGGAGGACGAUACGGUGAGGCGAACACAGAACAGCAGAGGAGUGCAAACUCAAUGGUGCGCUCGCUGUCACAUCUCUAUGUCGUCAGUUGGUGUCGAUUGACGUCCUCGGUCAGAAGAUCACCGUGACCAAAGCCGUAGCGAAGUCGCUGGGGGACGAUUCGACGUUCGCAAACCGAUUCCUCAAGUCCGCCAGUAGCAGCGAGUGGAACACACACUUAUGGUUGGUUGGCAUGUUGCCCUUGUUUGUUCGUUAAGGCAUCACACUCUGACCGUGGAAGCGCCUCCGGAGCACGUGCAGAGGGUGGUGGACAUAGUCGCCCGUGCGCACAUGACGGGGGCGUCUAUCACAGCGGCUGACGUGCAGGGGGCGAGGGGUGACCUGGCCAUCAAGGGCUACCAACACGCACUCAUCAUGUCAGAGCGACAAGAACACACAGAGCUGCUCACCACACAGUGCCCCGACGGCUGUUCUCUGUCUGUGUGUUGGUUUGUGUCAGGUACGGCUUGGAUGCUGAUCGCUAUUUGGGUCCCAUUGACGGCCUACUGACCACCGAGCACCUGCACAAGAUGCGACAGUGGUGUGAGGGCGAGGAGGACGCCCCGGCUAUCCCUCCGUGUGUGGGCGAGCCGGUCAUCCGCAUAUACAAGUGAGGAGGGCAGGCCAGACGGUCGUGAGCAUGACGGCACUCUCUCACCAUCCCUCUGUGUCUUGAUGUGUGUGUGUGUGUUGUGGCAGGGCGACAGUGGAUGGGUGGAGGUGGCUGGAUUUCUUCGAUGCCGUCAAGGGCCACUCCCCACUGCUGCUCAUCUCCAAGGUGGCCGACAGCAAUGAGCUCUUCGCCCUCAUCAUCGAGGGGCCCAUCGAGGUCACCGGGGCGGCCGAUAGCGAGCGCAACACGACAUCAUACGCCUUCAAGCUGCGGGGGACAGAAAGCCACGCAUAUGUGGGCGGCAUCGGCUGGAACAGCGGCAUGUAUAUCGCGGGCACACAGGUGGGUACUCAUUUCAACCAGCAACGCAGUCAUGGUAAUGAUCUCUCUAUCCGUGUGUGCAGGAGAGAGUCACCGACCUCAUCGAUUUCUCUUCACCCGCCUCCAAUAUGACGGCCGUCCUCUCCGGAUCCGCAUGCCUCGAUUUCGGUGUCCGUCUGGCCGCCCAGAUCGGCGCGCCAGCAGCGGCCAGCGAUGAGAUCAUGAAACGGUGCCAGGGCUUCAUGCGGGAGGAGGGGCAGCCCGAUGAGUGGCGCCAGUGGGAGCGGCCGAGUGUCAAGCCGAGCGACCGCGGCUGGGACGGUGACGUAGUGUUCCUGCCUGUGUCUGUGAAGGGGUGGCAGUUUGAGAUCGAUGAGCUGGAGGCAUACAAGCUGGCAUGA